AUGACACCCGGAUCAUGUGGCCUUUGCCCGUCUGAGAGAAAGUUCGUUCAAAGGCGAUGGCUCAAGCGAACGGGCCCAGCAAAUAAGGACAGGGGGGAGACAAUGGCGCAGGCACAAGCAGAUCGACGGAAAGAAGUAGACAGUAAAAGGGAAAAAGCCUUCUUCUCCCCCUCAAGACGUCUGAGUCAGCAAGAAUUGGGAAGUUGGACUUCAGGUGUGGUCUGCAUGCCGCGCCAAGCCACUUACGGUACCCGCACUAGCGCCGAGGCCAUAUACAAGCAUAGAUCCACAAUAAUGCCCGCCGAAUCCAACGACGAGGCGCCGGCGCGGAAUCCCUCACCAACUUCCGAUGCGCCCCGUAGUGACAGCACUGGCCACGAGGGCAGCAACGUGUCACCCGCACAGGCAGUGGAAAAGGCUGCGACCAAAGACGACAACGGCAAUGACGCACCAGACGCCAACCCGCCCCUCCCGGAUGAGGACGCUCCUCCCCUGCCCAACGAGCCACGUCCCGAUGAAGAGGACGAUGGCUGGGAGGCUUUGCUCGACCAGCAUGGCAACUACUACUUCUACAACCACAAGACUGGACUGUCCCAGUGGGAGAACCCCCGCGUCCCUUCGGCCUCAUCCUACUACGGCUCGUAUGACAGGCAAAGCUAUAGUGGUGCAGCCUAUGUAUCGACAGCAUCGGGUGCGCCUGGCACAAGUUCUACUCCUAAACGCAAGUGGGGGGGCUACAAUCCGGCCAUUCAUGGCAGCUAUGAUCCAAACGCCGAUUAUGCUAUAGAGGCGUCCAAGGAGGAAGAAGCAGCUGAGCAAGCCGCUGCCGCAGCUGCCGCUCUGGCAGCUGGCCGUCCUGUAGUUCCUGCACACGACUACACGACCACUGCCCAGUUCAACAGGUUCACCGGCAAAUUUCAGCCAGCGGACAUGGGUCCUGAGCUGCAUAAUGACGAGAACAAGAGCAAGCGUCAGAUGUCUGCCUUUUUCGAUGUGGAUGCGGCUGCAAACAGCCACGAUGGCCGGAGCCUCAAAGCUGAGCGUCGUGGAAAGCAUCUCAGUAAGCAGGAGCUCAAGGCUUACAAAGAAAAGCGCCGCGACAAGAAGGAAGAGAAGCGCCGUGCUUGGUUGAGAGAUUGA